AGGAAUCGGCCUGCCAAUGGAAGGCUGCAUUUCCUUUCAUCUUCUUGGAAUCCGCUUGAAAACCUCUUCAUCCCAGAAAAGGGCUCUGUGUUGAAAGUCUAAAGCAAACGGCUGAUGAAUGAAAAGUUUACUCAACUCCUUCUAGCUUUGAUUUUUUUCCCCAUGCACCGUUUGAGUUUCCUGAGUGCAGGUGCCACCCAAGAACUGCACUAUUGCAUUUACUUUUUCUUUUCCCCAUUUCUAUGUAUGCCUGCUAAUUAAAGCAGGGCUGCAUGUGCCCCGUUCUCCUAACUCAAGCCUGCAGGCACGUUGGGGCGCGGCGAGCUUUCCGCUUCCUUAUUGCCCCCAGCCUGCCCCGUGUAAGACACCAAGUCAGGGGCUGCCCCCCUCACGUCGGGAGCAGCCUUUCCCCAACGUAGCCGGUGCCAGGGGCCCAGCCUAGUACUUUGCUCAGGGCGGGGUUUGGCCGUUCCCACAGCUCCUCGCCCCGCUGCCGUGGCUGCUGCGAAGGGUUUGGUGUGACUCUCCUGGCAUGUCCCAACUUGGUUCCCCACCCAGCGCGCUCCUGAGAGCGCCGGGAACUACCUGCGGCCGGCUGCACUUCGCCGCGCUCCGACGUGACUCUCGGGUACAUUUCAUUGGUGCAUGAAUGGAAAUUUAAAAGGUUUGUCAUUAAAUAUUGGUGAAAAUGGAAACAUCAUCUAUGCUUUCAUCUUUACACGAUGAAUGCAGAUCAGACAAUUACAUUGAACCUCAUUACAAGGAAUGGUAUCGUGUAGCUAUUGAUGCUUUAAUUGAAGGAGGUUUAGAAGCCUACCAAGAAUUUCUUUCCAAAGAGAGAUGUUCAGAAUUCCUAGCAGAAGAAGAAAUUAAUUAUAUUUUGAACACUGUUCAGAAACUUCCUCAAAACACAGUUUAUUCCUCUGACAAUGCUGUUGAUGAUACCUCUUCCUCGGGUACUUAUUGGCCUAUUGAAUCUGAUGUGGAAGCUCCGAACCUUGACUUGGGCUGGCCCUAUCUGAUGCCUGGAAUAUCUGGAGGUACAAAUAUUGAUCUACUUUUUCAUCCACCACGAAUACAGCCUUUCACAAUAAAGGAAACCAUUAGGAAGAUGAUAAGAGAAGCAAGAAAGGUCAUUGCCAUAAUUAUGGAUACGUUUACAGAUGUGGAUAUCUUCAGAGAAAUUGUAGAGGCAUCUACCAGAGGGAUUGCUGUGUAUAUUCUGCUUGAUGAGUUCAACUUCAGUCACUUUCUUAAAAUGACAGAAAAACAGGGCUUUCAAGUUCAGAGAUUCAGGAACAUCAGGGUGCGGACAGUAAAAGGACAAGAUUAUUAUUCCAAAUCAGGGGCAAAAUUCCAUGGAAAAAUGGAACAGAAAUUUCUUCUGGUUGACUGUAAGAAAGUCAUGUAUGGUACUUACAGCUUUAUGUGGUCAUUUGAAAAAACCAACCUCAGCAUGGUUCAAGUUAUCACAGGACAACUGGUUGAAUCCUUUGAUGAAGAGUUUAGGACACUGUAUGCCCGUUCCUCUGUUCCUAGUUCAUUUGCCCCAGAAUUAGGUAGGGUAAAUAGUCAGAGGAUACUCUGGGAGAAUGGCAUAUGCCAGCAUUCACAGUCUUCUUUAGCUUCGGUUUCCAGCCAACGAAACCUUUUUGGUAGGCAAGACAAGAUUCACAAACUAGAUCCCAUUUACUUGAAAACUCGAGGAAGAUAUGCAGUGAAUGAAAUAGAUACAUAUGGUUUGAGAAAUCAAACCUACAACAAACUACCCUUUCAUCCAGGUUUUAACAUGCAAAAUAAAAUUCGGCAGAAUCAACCCAGUGAACAAAAUGAGCAUUGGAAGAGACAUAGUUAUGCUGGGGAAAACCCAGAAAGGACUCCUUACUUUUUGCUACACCGAGCUAUUAAUCGGGCCAAUAAUGUAUCAAAUACUUGGAAGAUGCCAUCUGAUAGCCUUAGUAUCGUAUCUUCUUUAAAGGGAGGCUAUACAAACAAUUGCAAUGCACCCCAACAAAGUUUUGCUGAUCGGUUUGCACAGCCAAAGAUAAAUAUUGCAGAAAGAAAUUCAAUUGUACGGAGGUCUUUCAAUGGAACAGAUAAUCAUAUCCGCUAUCUGCAGCAGAGGAUGCCAACCCUUGAACACACUACAAAAUCAUUUCUCCGUAACUGGCGAAUUGAGUCAUACUUAAAUGAUCAGUCAGAUUCUGCUGCAGAUUGCAGUGGAUCAGCAGUCGGUGAUAGGUAUGAGGGCUAUGACACAGCAGAAAAUAUUAAAGCUCAUGCCCUUUAUUCUCAUUCUCGCCUGAGGUCAUCAUUAGCUUUUAAGCCAACUUUGCCAGAACAGCAGGAAGUAAGCAGCUGUACAAGUUCUUCAAAUUCAACUAUCGUUGGUUCAGAGGGAAGCGAAACACCUAAAGGGACGCCCAAUCAUAUCCCGAUUGUGAAAAAUGUGACCGACAAAGAAUCAGCAGAGGUCAGCACUAACAUCCCACCUGACUCAGAUGAACCAAAAAAGUCUGGAAUGCAGGUUGCAGAAAACAAAAAACCUAUUUUAUACCCAAAUGCCACUCAGGACCCAUCUAUCUACAUGUACACAGCCUUCUAUGUAAACAGACAGGCAGAAAAUGGGAAGAACCACCAAAAUGAAAAUAUACUAAAAAGGCGAAGUUUCCCUAUAUUUGACAACUCCAAGUCCACUUUGGAUCAUGGUGUCAACAAACAGGCGUCCAGCUAUGUUUACAGCACACUGACUAGGCAGAGACUUAAGCGGCCAGAAAAUCUAAAGCCCCCAGAGGAUACAAUAAAAAACUCUAAAAGCUUUCACAGUGUGACCAACCACAUAGAACAUGAAGAGAAAAAUCUUGAAGAAGAAUCAAAGAGCCCCACUACCACAAAGGCCAUCUCUGUGGCUGCUCUAGCCGAAGAUAGCAAAGAGGAACCUAGCAAAGAAUGUACUUUAAAGAAAGAAAAUAAGAAUUCACCAAGUUUCCUGAAAAAGGGAUCCCAGAAACUGAGGUCAUUGCUAAAUCUCACACAAGACAAGAAGGAAAACUUGUCAAAAAACAAAGGUCCUGUGUUUUAUAGAAUGUGCAGCAGUUCUGACACGUUGGUUUCUGAAGGCGAAGAGAAUCAAAAGCCAAAAAUAUCUGAGACAAAGGCUGAUUCCUCUCCAAGAAAAAAGAGGACCACCUCAUCCAAUUCACAAGGCAACUUGCAUAAAAGUAAAGAGGAUGUCACUUUGAGCCCACCAAAGUCUCCCAAGCCACCAAAGUCUCCAAAACCUCCAUUUGAUGAAAGCAGUAAAAAGUGCCCUACUUUAUGCCCCCCUGAAAAGUUCUUAGAAACUCUAGUAGAUGCAUCCACUCCAAGAUUUAAUACUGAACAGAUCCAGUACCAAGAGGUGAAAGAAGCUAUAACUAAUGCUACCCAGGAAACUGCAUCUGUUUCUAGUCCUCCACAAAGAGUAAGCACAAUGACAUCCCAGCCUGGAAACUCAAAACACAAAGAGGAGUUAUUAAGAUCUCGUUUGAGUGAAAGACGUGUUUAUAGUCGCUUUGAGCCAUUCUUGAAGAUGGAAAGCUCUGGUCAGCCCGCAAGAAAUACACCCAAGAGCAGUACACACCUCCCAGAAACAAAAAGCAAAACCUUAGAGAAUAACUAUGCAAGGGGCAAUCAGGUGGCUCAUUACAACUCGACUGUAUACCGUCCAUUACAGCCAAAUGAAAACAAGCUUCGAGGAUUUAUGCAAAAGUUUGGAAACUUACUAUACAAAAACAAAUAACACCUAUAUAGUCUGAGGACUGUGUGAAAAAUAGCAAAGGCAGCAGCAGGACUGUAAGUAUUUAACUGACUUAGAUGGAUGGGCAGGCCUGUAAAGUUUACAAGGGGUUAGAACUUUGGAAUUGAUGUAUAUGUUUUUAUGUAAUAAACCUAGAGUUAUUAUACUUCAGUCAUUACACAAGUUCUGUGUCUAAAAGAUGUUUUAAAUUAGAUGUUUAUAAUGUUUAUACUGUAAGAUUAAUUUGAGAUAGAUACUUUCCCUCAUUCAGAAAGUAUGUAAUAAUACCUUAUAAGUGUGAAAAAGAGGGAGGAGGUUUUUUAAACUCCAACUAAUAUUUUUUUCAAAAACCUAUCAUUUAAAAAUAGAAUAAUACUGGGAUAAGUGGUCUGCUGUGUCUUUUCAGCAUUUAUGUACUCUUGAAAGUAAUAAAAGCAGAUGUUAAUUAAUUGUAUGUUACUUAGCCAUUUAAACUAAUUUUUGAAAGCCUCUUACAGACUUUACCAUGUUACUGAUUGUCCACACAGACUGUAUUGAACUGUGAGGGUAACAAAUGGAGAAUCUCACUUAUUGUACUGAAUAUUGUAUGUAAUUACAUAUCACCACAAACCUCAAAGUGACCCUCACACCAGGGUGUGGUGUACUUGUUUACAAUGUGAAGUGGUUGUAACUGUAGGGUGACAUUUUAAAAACUAUUGAUGCAUCAAGAUUUAUUGAAAGUAGGCUGCAAUUGGAGUUAAUCCUCAAAUGUACAGUUAACUUUUUAUCAUAUAUGCCAAUAUUCCCUACUGCAUCCUUAGAAACAUGUGCUUUCCUGUAUUUUUAAAUUUGGAGCAUCAAGGAAGAAAAUUAGUCUGUGGAUUACCAUUUCUCAAUCAAGUUUGUAAGUUCCCCAUAUAGUACCUAGCUUUAAAUGUUAGCAAUUGAAUUUGCAAUUCUAACUUAAGUAGUCCAGUUAAGAAAAGUUGUAGGCACUUAUUUCACUCAAAACUUGAAGUAUUUCCAAAGACUAAAGUAAUGGAAGCAACAAAAGACCUUUUAGACAGACUGGGUGAAAUUCUUGGAGUCAGUGGUAAAAUACCCAUUGACAUUAGUGGAACCAAGAUUUCACCUAUCUUGUUUAUAAACUCCUGUUCCUAAUUUCUUCCUAUUUACUAUAUGGACCAAAGGACCAUGCACAGGAAUGCUCACUGUUCACUUGACCAGCUUGCAUUCAAAUCGUUUUUUAAAGUAUGGAAACAUUCACAAACUCUUUUCAUUUGAAUCGGUCAGUGCUAAUUUAAGGAUUUAUCAAAUUGAGAUAAUCUGUUUGCAAAAUUCAGGUGUUCUGCCAGUGACUUCAAUGGACAUUGGAUCAGGACCCAACCAUUUUAUUUAACUAAGACAUGAGUAAUUCCCACUGAAGUCAAUAAAGAGUUACUUGUAUCAAGCAGUAAGAUAAUCAGGACCCCACUACUGUGCAUAGUAAAUAUAAGAAGAGUAUGAGAGAGACAAGGUUGGUGAAGCAUAUAUUUUAUUGGACCAACUUCUCUUGGUGAUAGAGACAAGUUUUUGAACUUAUACAGAGCUCUUCUUUAGAUCUGGGAAACCUUGUCUCUCUAAUAUCCUGGACCAACAUGGCUACAACAACAUUUCAUAUGAGAAGAGUCUGACACUGAUGAUUAAUAUUUAAUGUUAAUUCAUUCACAAACAUUUAUUUUUAAUGUCUAUUCCUGAACUGAUUGUUGAGAUGAGCACACCAGUGAUUUCUGUAUGUUAUUUCCUUUAUUUUAAUGGGGGAGGGAUUUUGAAUAAGAAUAUUGUGCUGUUGAAGAGAGCAACUCCCAUCCAAAUAACUUUUUUAAAUAGCAACCAUAUUUUCAUGCAGUGAUUGUUAAUAUUAUGGAAAAAGUUGUCUUGAAUUAAUCUCGCAUUACUGGAUUGACAGAGAGGCCCUGAUUAUGAUCUCACUUAAUUUAGCUUUAUCUGUAUAACUUGGAACAAAUAUGGCCCACGGCACCAUAGUAUCUAAGUGUUCUACACUCCUGUAACCCCACUGAGUUAUUUCUGAUUUAUACUAACAUAUAGUGAUCCAUCCCUCGCCCAUUCCCAGCUUCUGACAAUCAGAGGCUAGGGACACAAUCUCUUCCCAUCCUGGCUAGUAGCCAUUGUUGGACCUAUCCUCCAUGAAUUUAUCUACUUCUUUUUCGAACUCUGUUACAGUCUUGGCCUUCACAACAUCCUCUGGAAAAAGAGUUCCACAGGUUGACUGUAAGUUGUGUGAAGAAAUACUUCCUUUUGUUUGUUUUAAAUCUGCUGUCUAUUAAUUUCAUUUGGUGACCCCCUGGUUCUUGUGUUAUGAGAAGGAGUAAAUAACACUUCCUUAUUUACUUUUGCCACAUCAGUCAUGAUCAGAUAGACCUCUAUCCUACCCCCUUAGAGGUCUAUAAAAUCAUUCCAUUUGAAACCUAAAAGAGAUGUGACCCAAAGAUAAUAGGCCCUACCUAGCUGAACUCUGAAUUUCCAGAUGCAGUUAAGACAGCAGAUUAUCUUUAAAAUUUCAUAGACCAAAGUAAAAUGUAUAAUCAGUGGUUGAUUAUACCUCCCUCCCAACAGCACUCCUCAAAAAUUCCAGUGAAGGGAUAUGCUAUUUAAUUCUUUUUUUUUUUUUUAAACAUGCCUGAUAUGUUCAUCGGCUACGUCAGAAACCUGCUUAUUCCUCCCCACCUAUGGCUGUGAUGGGAGUCCUUGAACUAUAGCGUGCUGCAUUUCACCUAGAACCCUCUCCUGUUCCCAUUAAAAUCACAAUGGUUAUUGCCAGUUACUUCUAUGAGGCAGGAUCAGGACAUUUCCCAAAGAACAGUUUUAAUCAAAAUGAUAUAUAAUAACAAUAACUAUUAUAUAGUGGGGAUGGUAUUUACAGUUAGUGGUGAUCUCUUGUGUGUCAAUUGUAUGUUGGGUCUUUCUCUUUCCCUCUACCAAAAGUUUUCAGUUCCUUCUUAGCUGAGAUAUUUGAGAAAGUAUAUGAAUUGCUUCACUAAUACAUGCUGUUAGUUUGCCUUUUCCAUGCUGAACUGGCAUCGCUGGAGUGUUCAGUACGGAGAAAUGCCUCCUCACAACUCUAGGGGGCUGCCCAGUAUGGACUCCUGUUACUCUCUAGACCGCAGCAUUUUUUAUUAACAUUACAUGUUUUAUGAUCAGCAGGUUUUCAGGAGGGUGUCCCAAUUAUGAGAACUCCACUGGAAUACGUACAAGCUGCAGAGCUGCUCAUGGCCCUGUAAGUCAGGAUUUGUAAGCAAUGGAAGCUCAUUUAUUUGCAUUCUCCUGCCCUAGGCAGCUCUCCAGCAUACCACCAUAAAAUGUUCAUAUAUUUCCUUUUGGGGCUACCAUGGCAGGUGCUAAAAGUUGCAGUUCCCUGUGUGUGUACAUACAUGUAGUAAAUCUCAUGAGAUAUAGUUUGUUACAAUUUUUGGAAAAUUACUAUUUCUUCUAUCAAAGGCAGAUUGCUAAAUCAAGAGAAAGAACAUAUAAACAUUUCCAGUAAAAUGCACGUAAUAUACAUUUGUUUGCCAAUUGUCUCUCUAGAUGGGUAUGGUUGAGAAAAUUGCGUGGUGGGGAGGGAGAGAAUGGACUGCUCACCUGACAUUUUUUCUCUACAAGUAGAGUACAGAGAGUGUAACAUAGGCCAGGAAAAAACCUUCCUGUACGAGUCUGCAAUUAAAAUACCGACAGGAUACCACUACCAACAUUUUAUUUUCUUUACUGAUUUAAGUAUAGACUGGAUGUAAAACACCAAAUAUUUGCAUGUGAACAUAGUGCAUUUAAGUGUCUGUUCUACAAUGCCUGUUCUUGCCUCAUCUAGCAGUCAAAGAGCUCAAAAACCUGAUUGUUUCCCACUGAUUUUAAUGGCCUUUGUAUCAAGCUUUUAGAACCCAAUCUAGCAAAGCAUUUAAGCAUGUGCUUAUCUUUAAGCACUCAAGUAGUCCUAGCAUAAAGUUAAAGUAUAAAAUUAAGCAUGUGCUUAAGUGCUUUCCUUUAUCAUGGUCUAAAGACUCAUAAUACUACUUGGGCAUCAAAUCACAUAUUCCAAUCAAUUGUUAAUCUAAAUAUAUGUUUUUUUAUUUACUUAGAGCAAUGUCUGGAUUUCACACAGCCAAGCUGUAGCCAGAUCUGGAUUUUAUUGCCCCUUCCAAACCCCAUGUAAAUGGUAGCUAUUGCUUCUGCUUUGUGUAAUCUAGAUGAUGCAAAGGAAAUAGACAGGAUGUUAUACACAUAUACAAGCAUCCAGAAUUGGUAUUCUUGAUUGCAAAGGAGAAAACAGAAUUUACAAAAGUUUUGAAAGCACCAGGGAAUUCCAUGAAGCUAGGUUUUGGGCAUGCCAGAUUAAUAUGCCUGUUUCUAAUCUGGAUUUAGUUUUGCACUGUUAUUCAUUAUGUAAACUCUGGUUUCUCACUGGAAAUACUUACAUUACAUGGUAGUUAAUGCCAUGCAUAUACUGUAUAUGUACAAAUGCAAACCAAAAUUUGUCAUGAAAUAAUUUAUUACUUUUAUUAUUUUUUACCAAAUAAAAUGCUUCUUUUAAAGCUUA